GCAUCUUAUGACCUACGUUUGAAAAAAGGUGACCUCUCACCGCAACGGGCACACGGGUUACGGCACGGGAAAGCUUCAAGGCAAAGGGACCCGCUCAUGGGUCAAGAGUGGACUUGGGCCUUGGCAGGCGGUAAAGCCAGCCAUGGCAUGAGAUCGAUCAACGGUGCGCUGCCCUGGUGUGCUGCCGGAAGGUAGAGUUGGACCAGGUCCCCAGUUUCCUUGCUGGGGUGGGCUGCCCGGGCUGGUGCUGUCGCCUGACGUAUGAAAGGUAUUUAACUAACCUGACCUGACCUGGAUUUUGCUUUUCGGGUCCUCUCUCUUUGUUUCUUCAUACCCCAACACAUACCAACAAUCACAGAACGAACCGUUUUCGAUCAACCAAUAUCGAUACCAUCUACACCUACCAGUUUUACACACAACUCAAACAAACAACACCAUCAACAUGCCUUUCACCGGGUCUGACAUCUGCAAGAUCAUCUUCGCCGUCUUGCUCCCUCCUCUUGGAGUUUUCCUCGAGCGCGGCUGCGGUGCUGACCUCUUGAUCAACCUCCUCUUGACGAUCCUUGGUUACAUCCCUGGCAUCGUCCACGCCCUCUACAUCAUUUGCAAAUACUAGUCUCGUCCCCUCACACAAAAACCGCCCAAUUGAAUUCUCACCGAUAGCGACGCAAAACUCACCGUCGGGGAAGAAAAAUGAGGUUGGGCGGUGGAGGAGGAUGGGACCGACAGGAAGAUGGGCGGAAGAAAACCAAUGACAUAAUUGCGCUUUCUCCAAGCCUGCGCCGCUGACGCUGACCGCCCUUGCGCUACCUUACCAACCACCGCACGACCCCGCUCUCUUUUGCUCGGUGGGCUGAGCUACCCCUAGCUUCAGCGCCAAGAAACCUCGGCAAUCGAUGGCAUGUCACUUUCUAAGAUCGGGACUACCGGUGGUGGUAUCAACGGCAGUGGGAACGGUGCGGAAUCCGGGGACCGUUAAUUUUUGUUCUUUGGAACAAGGAGUGGAUAAUGACUUUACGGCUCUUGUUUUUUUGUUGUUUUCAGUUUUCUGAGCGAGGGUUUACUCAAGUAAUUGUUAGCUUGGGAAGGAA